AUGACGCCCCAGACGUCUCUGCUCCUGCUGCUGCUGGCAGGGCUCCCCGCUGCACGGCCAGCUCCCCCGACCUGCUACUCCAGGAUGCUGACCCUGAGCAGGGAGAUCACCGGUGACUUCCAGAGCCUGCAGGCUGCAGAACCGGUGGAGUCCUGUGUGAGGUACCUGCCUGGGCUCUACCUGGACAUCCAUAAUUACUGUGUGCUGGCCAAGCUAAGGGACUUCGUGGCCUCACCCCAGUGCUGGAAAGUGGCCCAGGUGGACGUGCUGAAGGACAAAGUGCGGAAGCUGUACACCAUCAUGAACUCGUUCUGCAGGAGGGAUCUGGUUUUCCUCUCCGAUGACUGCAAUGCCUUGGAACACCCAAUCCCGGUGACCACGGGCCCUCCUGAUGGUCAGAGCUAA